GGUAUCUUUAAACAGACCUAAGGGUUCCUAACCCUUCUAGCCCCUGCACCAUGACUACCAUUAGUGUCAAGCCGAGUCAGCGUUUCCGGCUGCCUGAUUGGCACACCAGCAGUUACUUGUUGUCCACCAAUGCUGAGCGGCAGCGAGAUGCUUCCCAUCAGAUCCGCCAGGAGGCCCGUGCCCUCUGCAAUGAGACCAACAACCAGACCCUUUGGGAUGAACAUGACAACAGGACUCGACUGGCAGAAAGGAUUGAUACUGUCAACCGGUGGAAGGAGAUGCUGGACAAGUGUCUAACAGAUUUAGAUGCUGAGAUUGAAACCCUGACACAGAUGAAGGAGUUGGCUGAGCAAACCUUGCAGGCUAAGAACUUGCUUCUGGAUGUGGCAAUUGAGUGCCUGACCCUACGGGACAGUCGGCGAGACAUUGACGUGGUGACUGACACUGUGGAAGAUGAACUGCACAAAGAAGUAGAGGUUAUUGAUGCCACCAAGAAGGCCUUGCAACAGAAAAUUAACCAGGCCUUCGAGCAGCUCUGCCUCCUGCAGGAAGUCCGACAGCAACUCAACUCUGACCAUCGGGGCAAAAUGGAGACACUGGAAAUCGACAGAGGCUGCCUGUCUCUCAACAUCAACUCCCCAAAUGUCUCCCUAAAGGUCAACCCUACCCGUGUCCCUGAUGGCUCCUCCACACUCCAGCAGUGGGAUGACUUCAGUCACUUCAACAAGAAUCGGGCAGAGGCGGAGAUGAAAGCAGCCACAGAACUGAGGGAAGCCAUUGCCCUAACUAUUGCUGAGACCAAUAAUGAACUUGAAGCCCAGAGGGUGGCAACAGACUUUGCCUUCAGGAAACGGCUUCGGGAGACUGAGAAAGUGUACAGUGAGCUCAGGUGGCAAGAAAAGAAUACCUUGGAAGAGAUUGCCAAUCUGCAGGAGGACAUACGACACCUGGAAGAGGAUCUUCGGAGAAAGUUUCUGAACUUGAAGCUAUCACAUACUCGGCUAGAGUACAGAACCUGUCGGCCCAAUGUGGAACUCUGCCGGGAUCAGGCACAAUAUGGCCUCACCGAUGAGGUUCACCAGUUGGAGGCAUCCAUCGCUGCCCUGAAGCAGAAGCUGGCCCAAGCACAGGAUGCUCUAGACGCCCUCUACAAGCAUCUGGCCCGGCUGCAGGCUGACAUCGCCUGCAAGGCUAAUUCCAUGCUAUUGGACACCAAGUGCAUGGACACACGUCGGAAGCUGACAGUGCCCGCAGAGAAGUUUGUGCCUGAGGUGGACACCUUCACCCGCACCACACACCGCACCCUGAGUCCACUCAAAAGUCGCCAGCUGGAGCUGGCCUAGCCUUGAGGGGCUAGUAGAAGAGGGAGGUUGGGUGGGAGACGCAAGAGAGGGGAGAGAGACUGAAACUAAUAAAUGC